AUGGCACAGCAGGACCUCUACGAGUUGCUGGGCAUCCAAAGAGAUGCCCAGGAGCAGGAGAUACGGUCAUCGUAUCGACGACGUGCUCUCCAGGUCCACCCAGACAAAGGUGGCAGCGAGGAUCUCUUUCACGCGGUCCUGACGGCAUUCGAGGUGCUCUCAUCUAGGAGCACCCGCCAGACCUACGAUGCUGCCCGCGAUCGUGGCCUGCUGCCUAAAGAUGCACUGGCAGCCGCCACAGGCCGCGGUCGUUGUCAAGACGUCGCACAGAAGGCCAAGGCCCCGGCCAGCCAUCGUGCACUGACACAGCUUCGACAGCUUCUGGCGACUCUGACGCGCGAAGCGCGUCGCGAAGCAUUGCAAAACCUCCCGACAGAGGUCCAGCAGGCACUGAUGACCUUCAUGAAGCAGGAGCCCGACAUCCUGCCCGAGCAGCCUCAGGUCUCUGCCUCGUCCAACUUGGCCCUGCCGGAUGCAAGCGGGGCAGCAGGUGGGCGCAUCGGCCGCGGGAUUCUGCGGCAAAACACAUCGCCACCAACAUACAGAGCCUCCGUGUUCCUUCCCAAUCUGUUCUUGAUGUCCGUACCUCAUCCCUCCUUGGAGCUGGUUCUGCAGCGCCACUCAGUGCUGCUGCGCACGCGAGGGCUGCUGAGCUCCGCAGCAGAACUGAACAGAGACAGCUUUUCCGAAGCCUUCGCCAAGGCCUGCGAGGAGGCAGAAAUGGAUGCUACCCAAGAGCUCCGUGCGCUGACGUUCGCCGCUAUCGUGCCGGCUUACUUUGAGGUGAACCGCCAGAUCAAGGGCCGUCAGACUAGCGAUUUGGCUUCAGCCCUGGCGCAGCGGGACCGCCUACUGGAGGCAAAAGCGGAGGGCUGGCCUGCACUGAGACGCGAGUGGAUGGCCAUCAUGCAGAGCCCGACUGAGGUGGGCCGGGUGGGGAGUGCACGGUCGUGGCCGAUUCAUGCUGGCUCGAAAGACGUGUGA